AUGUGCUAUAUCGCUUCACCACCUUCUGAGCGAAACGCCAUUCGACUAUUUUUCGACCGACACGGAAAAGUUCAUGUCAGUUACUUUUAUGAUAAUACCUCCGCUGUAUUGAAUCGGUGGGAGACUGAGGUUCAUUUUCGAUUUUUCAAUGUUCUUAAAACCAAGGAGGCCGGUUUCUCACCAAGUUCUGCGGUUCGACAGCUCAAGGGCCAGGAGUGCAAAACUUUUGGGAAGAACGCCUAUCUGGUUGACACAGUAUUGAGUUUUCGCAUUUUGGGUGAUUUCUUCGAUCGCUACUGGACAUGCCAUUUAGCGAACAGCUUUGCACAAUCGGAAGAGCCCGAGUGCAGAUCAACACCUCAUCACGAAAAGAAAUUCAUGUCGACGCAUUGGCAAAAGCGAAAGGUGCUUGAAUUGUGCCUAAUGAGUGAGAUCCUGGAGCGAGUGUGCUACAGCACAGAAACAAUCUUGCAUUGUAUUGAACACGGACCUGAGUCCAAUGCAUCGAUGGCGAAGAAAAAAGGAGAGGCAUAUUUCUCGAAAGAUAGCUUUGAGGACCGCAGGCCAGCUGAGCUACGUGAAUGCUUCCAGCUUCUGGUGAUUGUCAAGAAUAAUGUCAACAGCCUCCAGGGCUUAGUGGAGCAGUGGAAUUACAGACAGAAUUCUCAAGGACGAGAAUCUACGCGCUGGACAAGGAGUAACGAACAGAAGUACGGCGACACUGUGAAGCAAAAGAUGGCCCAAUUCGAGGAUCACGUUCGAGAAAUCAAAGCAACGGCUUCCCGAAUUGAUUUUCUCAUCGUGUUAGUUACCAACGCACAGGACGCUAUCCGCUCCAACAGAGAAGAAGAGAAUAUCACCCUGUUUACCUAUCUUAAUGUCUUUUUUCUACCCGUGGGUCUUGCUGUGGCCAUUUUCAGUGCGAAUGGUACUCCAGAGGGGAGUGUUCUUGGCUAUAUGGUUGCCACAGCUGCAGUGGCUUUUCUGGUCACGAUAUGUGUUUUAGUAUGUGUGGUCUGUCACUUGAUUCCUGUUAGCACUCAUGGGAUUCUGAAGAUGUUCCGAAAUAUGCGCUUAUCCGGAAAUUCAAAGAGAGUAUCCUUGAACCAGCUUGCCUUCCGAGACUUAAAGCUUGGAUCAAGUCGAUCAAAGAGAGAAACCUGCUUUGAUCUUGAAGAUCAAGGGAAAAAAGAUGUUGAAGUUAGCUAUUUUGGAGAAGAAUCUUCCGAUUGGCAUGCUUCCUAG